CCAAAAAAACAUACACACACAUAAUAAUAAUUCUCAAGAGUCAUAAUAAUUAAAUUUCUUGGUACACAAGUCUAAAAAAGUAAUGUCGUCGGAGCUGGCUAAACACGGUGGUUGUCGCAGCGGCUGCGUAUACGCCGCCAUCUUACUCUGCCUUCUCCUCCAGCCAACAGUUACAAGUGGUUAUAUAUUUCAUUAUCGUUAUCAUGCACCCGAGUAUACCAUACAAGAGUUUACUGUUUCAGCCCUCAAGGAAACUCGGUCUACCAAUUCAUCUCAUCGGUACAAUAAUAAUAUCCACUUUAAUUUAAGGCUUAUAAACUGGGAUGAUAGAAGAAGAAUUUUUUAUGAUACUCUUAACCUAUCUUUCUAUUACAAACCUAAUAACUUGGCUAGUUUUUCCAUUGGAAAUUCCAGUUUUCCCCCCUUCCACGAACGCCAUUUUAGCAGUAACCGCAUCCACCGUAUAGGAAAUGUUGAGGCUAGAGGGGUAGAUUGGGAAAAUGUUACCGCGGCCGCGGCGCCGGUGAUUUUUAGGGUGGAGCUAGCAACCACCGUGAGGUUCGAGAAUGAUAUAUUUUCAAAGACAAAACGAUACCAUAUUAUGGUAGGAGCUGACUUGAGAGUCAAUGCUCAGGGUAAUUUGAUUAAGAGAAAGUUUCGUAGUGGAGUUAGACUUACAUCUGGUGCUACAAGGAAUUUUAUGGCCUGUUUUGUUCCAUUGUUUGGCAUUCUAUUUACUUUGUUUUUCUUUCAUUCUUGGUAGACUUGAUCACUUCAUUAUUCAUUUUCAUUUUCAUGAUCAUAUGUAUGUUAUCAUGGAAUGUUUUUUAAGUUUGAUUUAUUAAUUAUUUGUAUUGAUUUCAACUUC